AUGUUUCCUCAAUAUAAUCAACGAAAUAUAGCGGGUGAAAUUGCCAUCUGGCUUCUAAUUACUGUUGGCGCUCUUCUCAUUCCCAUUAUUGUAGUCGCCAUUUGUUGUAUACGACAUCACUUGGCAAGAAAUCCACGCGUACAACUAAUGGACAAGCGGUUUCUACGUACGACGACAAUGAAUAUCAACCAACGGACGGACCUUCGUUCGUAUAAUGGUCCGUAUGUGGAGUCGGGUAAUGAUGAUCGACUUGUACUAUCUCAUAGCAAAACUCCUCCAACAUUCAUACCCACUAAUUCAAUUAAGAAACAACAUGUUCACUGGCCAAAUGGUUCAAAAUCACCGAGUGGCGAUGAUCUACGUUCAAUAAAAGAUCGACAAUUUACGCCAAGAAAACAACCAUUUUCGGGAGGAGAUACUUUUAAUACUAUGAUGCUUAAUGAAUCUCCGUCAAGUCAUCGUCGUCUCGCUGUUAUUCCCACUCCAUCUUCGGCUCUUUCUCAUCUUAUUCAAACUGCUAUUAUGCCAGCUGGCUCCACUAUUACUAAAUCAAGCGCAAGUCUAUUAUUGACACCAUCUAAACAACUGACACCUAAUCUAGCUGGUUAUCAUAGCAUCGUGUAA